CCGGAAACGGACAAGAGGCGGCGGAAGUAGUAGAAGAAGAACAGAUUCUCCUUCGCUAGCUAGCCAGCUGCUGCUGGGAAGUAGCGUCAACAAAUUCCAGGAUAUUCGUCAUAAUGAGUUAUGCGGAGAAGCCGGAGGAGAUAACGAGGGAAGAGUGGAUGGAUAAACUGAACAAUGUCCACAUACAGAGAGCGGAUAUGAACAGGCUCAUUAUGAACUACCUGGUUACAGAGGGCUUCAAGGAAGCGGCGGAGAAGUUCAGGAUGGAGUCCGGAAUAGAGCCCAGCGUGGACCUGGACUCCCUCGAUGAGAGGAUCAAGAUCAGAGAGAUGAUCCUGAAGGGACAGAUCCAGGACGCCAUUGCACUGAUCAACAGUCUGCACCCAGAACUGCUGGAUACCAACCGUUACCUCUACUUCCACCUACAGCAGCAGCAUCUGAUCGAGCUGAUCCGUUUGAGGGAGACCGAAGCCGCGCUGGAAUUCGCCCAGUCGCAGUUGGCGGAGCAGGGCGAGGAGAGCCGAGAGUGUCUGACCGAGAUGGAGAGGACGCUGGCGCUGCUGGCGUUCGACAACCCGGAGGACUCGCCUUUCGGAGAUCUGCUCAAUAUGAUGCAGAGACAAAAGAUAUGGAGCGAAGUGAAUCAGUGCGUGCUGGACUAUGAAAACAGAGAGUCGACACCCAAGCUGGCCAAGCUCCUGAAGCUGCUGCUGUGGGCUCAAAAUGAACUUGACCAAAAGAAAGUGAAGUAUCCCAAAAUGACAGACCUCAGCAAGGGAACCAUCGAAGACCCCAAAUAAUAUAACAUCAUUGCAACAACAAAAAACAAAAAAAUGGACACAUUUUCCUUUAUCUAUUUAUACCCCCCGACAAACUGACUCGUGCGGAGCACAUCCUUUUCUUUUUUUUGUGUAAGGGUUGCUUUUUUGAUACUUUGAUAACUUUAGAAUGUGCAAACUGGAUCGAUGGCAUUUAAAAAAACAAAAAAACAACGACUUCUCACACUAAAGUAACACACAGGUCGAAUUGGUAUCAUCAUUUACAUAUGUGUUUAUGUAAAACUUAGUAUAUUUCAGUUUCACUAGUUUUUUUUCUUCUUUUUUCUGUCUGUUGGCAGGGAAAGUUGUCGGCAUCGGAGGGUGUGAAUAAAGCCUAAAUUAGGCUGUCACUUUCCGCGUGCGACCAGUUUGAUGUUCAGGGAAAAUGGCUCGGUGUGCACUUCCUCAAAUACACAAACUUUUACCGUACAUCCAAACAAUACACAUUUAAGCUUGUAGUUGUUGGUUUUUUAGCUCGUAUACUCUCUGUCAAGAUACUUGAGAUCUUUCAAACUACUGUGACCUUGAAAGUUGAGCUUAAGAUACGCAUUGUUGCUUGAGACAUAAGAAGACGCACACAUAAUCAGGAACAAAGAGAGAACGAGACAAGAUUCCUGGAAUGCGCAACAAAAAUAAAUAAAGCUUAGAGGCAUCCUCAGUUUCAUACGUCAUACAAUAUCACAUGGUAUCAAAAGAUGUGAAUGGAUGAAUCUGUGUCCACGGACAUGGAGACACUUUUACAGGUGGGUUAUUGACAUGUAUGGAAGAAGUAGCUCUUUUUGCUCAAUUUGAUGUGCUUUUGUUUUUCUUUUCUUUUUUGCUCGGAUAUUGUUUUGCAAUAAAAGUGACAUUUUAAAACUAC